CCCAAACGCAUCACUGGCGACUGCAGAAGAAAAGCAAAGAUGGAGGACAGCUCUUCAAAACAGAUGCCCGAAAACCUGGACGACCCUCCGAACAGCCGUCUGUUCGUGGUCACCAGUCGGUCUGUAACUGAAGACGAGCUUCGGGAGAGUUUUUCGAAGUUUGGGGAGGUUCAAGGGGUCUGGCUGGUCAAAGACAAGCAGACAAAGGAGCCCAAAGGCGUCUCAUAUGUGAAGUUCGCUAAGUCGUCACAGGCCUGCAUAGCCAUGGAAGAAAUGCACGGAAAAGUGCUGCAGGAGGGGACUAAACCGAUAAAGGUGUUUAUAGCACAGUCACGAGGAUCAGCCAGACACAGAGACGUUGAGGAUGAAGAGCUGACCAGGAUCUUCAUCAUGAUUCCCAAAACUUUCACAGAGGAGGAUCUAAAAAACACAUUCAGAGAGUACGGAGAUAUUGAAUAUUGCAUCCUCAUCAGAAACAAGGUCACAGGUGAAAGCAAAGGCCUUGGCUACGUGCGUUACUACAAACCCUCUCAAGCUGCCCUCGCCAUCGAGAACUGUGACAAAUCUUACAGGGCCAUCCUGGCUGAACCACGCAGUAAAAAUAACUCCUCCGAAGAUUACUCUGCAGGAGGGGUGAGGGGGGGGGAUUACAGCUCCAAUGACUCCAUGAACCAGUACCCCAUCGUCACCCCUGAUCAAGGAAACUACUCCAUGAUGGACUACCGCCAAAGCGAGUUCACCCGCUCUCUAAUGAUGUCCACGCGGGCCGCGCUCACCCAGGAGCAGAUCUUUGCUCUGUUUGACCUCAUCCCAGGCAUGGAGUACUGUGAGCUUCACAGGGACUCGUACGGUCACGCUCUGAUUCGCUACAAUAAUCUCGGAUCAGCAAUUUAUGCCAAAGAGAAGCUGAACGGCUUUGAGUAUCCACCUGGCAACCGAAUUCAAGUGACUUUUUACGAAGAUGGAGAGAGCCCUGCAGGCCGGAUGGCCUCUCAGUUUGUUACAGCCCAGAUCCUCUCCUCAGUGUGGAACGGAGCCUCCAGCAGUAUGAUCAAACCCACUGGGUACUCGUCUGUCUCCCAGAUGUCUCGCGUUCAGACGGACGUCACCCUGCCGCCUCUCAAGAAGCUCGCUCCAUCCGACAGUAAGGCCAAAGAGCGCCUCUUUGUUGUCUUCAACCCCUCCCCGCUGCCGCUUGACGUGCUGGAGGACGUCUUCUGUCGCUUCGGUUCCCUGAUCGAGGUCCAUUUGGUUCCUGGAAGGAAGGUUGGAUACAUGAAAUAUGCUGACAAGCAGUGUGCAGAUGAGGCCAUGGCCGUGCUCCACGGUCGGAUCGUCAACGGAGUGAAGAUGAAGGUGAUGCUGGCUGAUCCUCCGCGGGAGGAGUCUCACAAGCGGGCGCGGACCUACUAGACCAGAACUGGCAGGUAAGGGUUACAUUUUAAGGAACAUAAGCCAACGAUGCCUAAAUGUUGUACACACUUCUACAGGGUUUCCCACAGAAAACUUGCUAAGCCUGGUGGUAGGAGCACCAGGGCAGUCACCCUGUGGCCAACCAUGUUUUUGAGUUUUUUUUUUUUUUUUUUUUUCAAUUUACAGGAAAUUUUAAAAUAUGAGUAGGUAAUUAUGUAUUGUUGGAAUAUAUUAUUAGCAAUACCUAAACACCAACUGUAAAAUCUUAAAAGGCAAACAAAAAACUGUUGUUUCAGUCACUUCAUACUAAUUAAAGUGUCCAAAAUGUAUUGGUCCUUUAUCCAUGACUUGUCACUUUAUUUGCUGAAGUUCUUGGCAUGUAGACCAGUACAAGACUGGCAGUGGUUCCGGAAACCUAUUACAACAAAACAAUUCUUAGCCUGGUGGGGGCACAAGUCAAGCCUAGUAGCCUGCCAGGCUUCUAAAACUCUGGGGGAAACCCUGUAUCUAACACCUCAGAUCAUUUCUCAUGGUAUUGUAGUUAGAAUUGUGUGCAUGAGUUUCAUAUAGGGCUGGGCGAUAAGGAUUAAAAAUAAAAUCCAGUUUAAAAAAAAAAUUCUUUCAAACCAGAUCCAUUUUUUAAUUUUAAACUUUUUUUUGUUGUUGUCUCUCUUUUUUAGGCUUUUUAAAAUGAUUAUUAUUUUGCUCUCCCUUUUCUAAAAUAGAAAUGACAAAAGAUAUUUUCAAAAAGUGGAUUUAUUUCAAUCAUCCCUUCUGUGAGUUGUAUGUCUGAGCAUCAGGGCCAGGCUAUGAGAAUGUUUGUUUAGAUCACAGAAUGCGGUCAUAAUAUUAGCAGAACCCCCCAGAAAAAAAAUCCAUUAUGAAAUAUGUAAAAAGCACGUAAAAAAUUACAAUAGUGUAACUAUCAGAACCUGAUGUGACCACCUCAGUUUGUAUAGUUCUUCUAAAUAAAGUCAGUUAUUUGCACGUUGUUUUAAAGUUCUACUACUGAUAAUAAUUCAAUGCUGAUGUGAUAAAAGAUUAAGUAUUAUUUUAAAAACUGAUUAAAAAGUAUAACUUCACAAGAUACUUAACAUUUUAAUUACAAUUUCUUAUGUCAUAGUUCUCUUAAAAUUACCACUUUAACUCUCCUAAUAUUAUGAGUUUAUUCUGAUAAUAUUAUGACUUUAUUCCUGUAAUUAAAAAAUAAAAAUUUUAGCCUGGCUAUAACAGUUCAUGGUAGAGGUGACCUGUAUUAAAAGUGUAAAUAAUUAGAAACUGUGAAACAUGUUUAUCAAACAAGAUGAAUUGGUGAGAAGAAAAAAAAUCCAAAUUUUCCAAAAAUGAAGUCUUCAAAAUAUGAUGAAUUGAAAACGUUGAUUUAUUGCUCAGCCCUAGUUUCACAAUAACAUAUGCAAGUUACAGAGCCUUGCAAAAGUCUAAAUAUCCUGCAAACCUUUUUCAUUUUGUCGUGUUUUGUUCAAAAACCUGAGUCUGGUUUAAUGGGGUUAAAUAUUUUAAACGUUCAUUUUUAAUAGAAAAUGUUUUAUUUAAUUUUUCUUUGCUCAGUCAGGUUGGACAGAGACCAUCUGUGAAAGUUUUUUUAAAAAAAAUGUUUUACAAAGACUUUUCUAAGGCACUGUGUCUGUCAGCUUGCAUGCUCUGGAUUUGUUGUUCUGCUUUCAUUUAGUUCCUUAUUUCUUAUUUAAAGGUAAAGUAAACUGACAGCUUGGUAAAUGAAGCUGAAAAGAUGUCACCCCAUUUCCUGUUAAUAACACUGCAGCUUUUUGUUCCCCAGGCGACUGUUGUCAUAACAAAACGACACCUGACCUGACAGACCAACAGACACCAACAUCAUCUCCUGACCUCUGACCCGACCCUUUGCCUGACUCGUAUUCAGUCAGUAAGCGUCUCUGUGUUUAAUGAUGUUUCUGUUUCAUUUACGUUUCAAACCAAGACUUUGUGGGGAAAAAAUAGGCUAAAUUUGGAGUUUGGAAAUGAGCUAGAUUAUGAUUCAGAAGAUUUGUUUUUGCUAAACUGUAAGCAGGAUCCUAUUGUCUGAGUUUAAAGAACUUGACCUGAACAGUCAGAUCAGAUAUGUAAACCCAUGCUGAGCUCAAUUGAAUGUUAUUUGGACUGAUUUUCUUUUUCAUUAAUAAAAAGUACAUCAAGGUCUGCA